ACGACACGUAACAUUCGUCAUUGUCAUUAUCCGNACGUAAUCCAAUCGUUGCAUGUCACGUAGGCGUCACUUGUGGGUGAUGUGUCGUUUUUAACAAUGGAAAUGGUCCUGGCUUUCCACGUCUUGAUGGCCACCAGCGCUGCACCGCAUCCUGGCUUACGUUGUCCACAAAGACCUCCACCGUAGCCAGGGGGACACAGGCAUACUUUGCAAUUCCUCGGAUUGGGUACUCCUCCGUUCAGACACUUUGCUGUUGUUGCAAGGCCAUUACACGGUGCGUUGCAUUGGUAGAAGAUAUUUAACAUUCUGAUAUCGAAAAAUGAGACAACUUGCGAUCCCAUGGUGCGGCCAAAUCCAGCUGUGCGAGGUGUCAUCGAGUUCCCACUUGAGGCGAAUGCGGUGGUGGCAUAUUGCAUGACACUGCCGUACUCGUAUGGUGUGUGGUUGACUAAAGAAGUAUCCUUCUGGAAGUUGUAUCGUACAUCCGGCUGA